AUGUCGUGGCGUCAGAACGAGUGGAAGAACAACCUGCCAGGGGUCGCCCUGCAAAAGGUUGAAGAGUUGGAACGCCGCGUGCAGCAGUUGACGCGCGACACGCAGAACAAGACCUUCCAGAUUGACAACUUGAAUGCGGCGCAAGUCAAAAUCAAGAACCAGGCUGCUGAAUCAAAGCGUCGCGUACAAGAGCUGGAGCGCGAGGCAUGCUCCCUCGGCCAGACCAUUGACCAGCUUCAUCGCCAGAACAGCCGUCUUCAAGAUGAUGUCAAGGCGCGCACAAUGCAGAUUAAUCAGCUGGAAAACAAGAUUGCCCAGCACACAAAGGAAGCACAACGUGACAAAGCGACAAUCAAGGACCUGCACGCAGAAAACGCGCGCUUGCAAGACCAGGCUGCAGCCGCUUCAAAAGCACAAGAGCACAGCACCUACCAGCAGGUCUCAACGCUCAAGCAGCAGCUCCUUGAGGCAGAGAACAAGAUCAAGUCCACGGAAACACACUACAAGAAGCUGCUCGAGGAAGCUCACGAUGCCGCUCAGCGUGUGCAGGAUGAGCUGGAUGCAGCACGCGCCAACAUCGAGGAGCUGCAAACAGGCAUGAAGCAGCGUGAGACCAUUGUGGAAACCAUGCAACAACAGCUGUCCACGCAGCAGCAGACGUCAUCGCAGUCGCUGGAAGAAGCGGACGCACAUGCACACAAGCUGCUGGCCAAGGCAACAAAGGAGGCAGAGGCACGCAACCUCGAGAUUGAGAAGCAGCAAACGGCACAGCGCGACCAGCUGGAGGCAACCAUUGCUGACCUGCGUGCGCAGCUGAACGCCGCCAGGCAAGACUCCCAGUCGACUGAGAGCGAGCACACAAUGGCUGCGUCCUCGCUUGCACAGCAGUUGGCAGACAGCAAGAAGGAGCUGGAGCAGCUGCAGGCCAAAUACGCGCAGGCGCAAGUUGGUCUGGAAAACGCAGAGGCCAAGGCAGCUGCGCAUGACAAGGCCUUUAAGCAAGCGCAGAGCCGCGUCACAGAUCUUGAGAACGAGCUUUCAGGCAUGUUCAAUGAACAGACCAUGUCCAAGGACAAGAUCACCGAGCUGGAGGCUCAGGUCAAGUCCUUCAAACAGAACCUUGCGGCAAGAGACACGGCAUACAAGCACUUGCGGCAGACCAAGCUUAAGCUGGAGAGCACGCUCAAGGAACAGGCUGAAACGCAGGAGAAGACAAUGGCAGACAUGCAGCAGUUGCUGCAAUCAGCACAGCAAGAGCUCAAGCAAGAGCAGGAGGACCACACGGCAGCCAAACAGGUUAUUGACGCCCACAAGAAAGAGCUCGCUUCCCUGCGCACGCAACUUCAAGAACAACAACAAGCCGUCGUCGCAGCCGCCUCACAGGAGCGCGUCAAGGAGCUUGAGGAACAGCUGGAGCAUGCGCACGCUGUUACAAAGAAGCUGGAGGUGCAAACUCUGAAUGCCGCUGUCACCCACAAGUCCAUUAAGGAAGAGGUGGUAGGGUUGCGCAAGCAGGUGCCGCAGCUACAGCAAGAGCUGGACCAAGCUCAAGAAGCGCUGAAGACGAAGACAGAGGAGCACGCCACUGCGCUUGCAGAGCUGCAAAAGGCCAAAGACGAUUGCGAGUCCCUCAACACGGCGCUGGCAAGCGCCAGGUCCAAGGUGGAUGAGAUGACAAACGAGACAGCAGCAGCAUCGGCGGCUAGCAACACCGCCAUUGCACAGCUGGAGGAGCAAGUGCACGUGCUGCAGAAGGAAAAAGACGACUUGCAGGCGCAGUUUGACAACGCCCGCGCAACGCACGAUCAGCUGACCAAGGAGCGUGACGAUGCACAACAAGCGCUUCAAGAGGCGCAAGACGCAGCAACAACCGCCGCCAAGCAGGCAGCCGAGCUGCAAACCCGUGUGCAAGAGCUGGAGGCAGCAGCACCAGAUAUGGACGCCAUCAACCAGCAAAUGGAACAGCACCGCGCCACGCUUGCUGAGAGGGAGGCUGAGUGGACCACCGCACGCACGCAGAUUGAGGCGUCGCUGGCCAAGGCACAACAGGAGUGCAGUGCACAGCAACAGCGCGUGCAGCAGCUGGAGGCGCAACUGGACGAGGAGUGCCGCAAGCACGAGGCUGCGCAGACGCAGCUGCAUCACGCUGUGGCAGAGGCGGAGGCACAGCUCUCAGCUGCACAAGCCACCAACAGCAAGCAGGCACGCGAGCUUGACAACGCCAACGCCCUGGUGGAGAAGUACAAAGCCGAGCAGCACGCGCUCCGGCUGGCCUCGGACAACUUGGAGCGGUCCAUGCGCAAGCUGCGGCGUGACCUGGACAGCCACGCAGCGUCGGCCAAGGAUGAACUCGCACAGACAUCGUCCUCCCUGUCGGCGGCAUUCACCAAGCUGGAGCACCUGGCAGCAGAGAACAAGACGCUGCGAGAAAAGCUGCACAACGCAGAGGAGGCAACUGCCACCCGCACGCGUACGCGCACCCGCGCUGCAGCUCAGCUAAAGGACGAACUGGCGCAAGCGCAGGCAGAUAUGGAGUCCCUGCAGGAGCAGCUGCAGACGAAGAAGGACGAGUGUACCGAGUUAACCGCACGCCUGAAGGAGGCCGACGACUUGGCCGCCCAGCUGCGCACCGAACUCACCGCCAUCAAGAACAACGCAAGCUCAAACGACGCGGCGCAGCGGGACCUUGCAGCCAAGCUUGAGCAGGUGCAGGCGCAAGCAGCCGCGCAAACACAGCGAGCAACGCAGCUGGAAGAGAAGCGUGCUGAACUUGUCCGCGCUGUGGCAUCACUGGAAGGCAAGCUGGCCCAGGUGACCAGCGACAGCCGCGAGGAGGUGCACGCCCUCAAGAAGGAGCUGGAUCACAUCGCGCAGGAACGCGAGAGCCUUGUUCGCAGCCUGGAAUCUGCACAGGAGGAGCAGAGCACGGCUACCCACGACGCACUGGCCGCCAAGGAGCGCGUGAAGGAGCUUGAAGAGCUGUGCGCGUCCCUCAAGGAGCAGGUGCAUGCCGAACAAGCACGUGUGACAGAGGCAAAGGCGGAGGCCAACGCACAGGCUGCCCAGCAGCUGCAGGGCGAAAUGCAGGAGCUCAUGGCGAAGGUGGUGUCGCUGCAGGACGAGCGCACGGAGCUGCAGCAGGCGAAGGUGGCGCUGGAGGAGAAGCUUGCCGCCCUCACGCAGGAGAUGGCCGCACAGGAGAAGUCCACGAAGGAACUCAAGCGGAACCUGCGCACCACGCGCAUGAACCUGGAGGCGCAGCUGGAGUGUGCGCAAGAGGACGCGGAGUCCCUGUGCGAGGAGAGCGAGGCCAAGGACGAGCAGCUGUAUGCAGUGAAGAAGGAGCUCGAGAACACGCAGGUUGCCCUCAAGGCCGCGGAACAGACGCAGCAGCGGCUGGAGGAGGCUGAGCAGCAGCUUCGGGCUGAGUUGGCUGCGGGCGAGGAGAAGCAGGACGCACUGCGCGAUCAGAUCAACGCCCUCAAGGCAGAGAAUGACAAGCUGCAGUCGAACCUCGCGUUUGACGAUGCCGUCGUGCACUCCAAGGGCGAUGAAGUCAGCACCAUCAAAACGCGGCUGGAGGAGGCCCUGGCAGAGCUUGACGCCGUCAAGACCCAGCACAGCACAGAGCGUGAGGCGAUGCAGCGUGAUCAGGAGACAACAGCGCACGAACUGCAGCAGGCCCAGCAGGCAUGCGAAGAGCUCACGACGCAAGCCUCGCAGGAGAAGGCAGCGGCAGAGGCAGCGCAUGUGGAGUUGGAGAAAGCCAAGGCAAAAGCACAGGAAAAUGCGGGGCAAGCUGCUUCACUGGAGGCUGAGCUGGCGCAGCUGCGGGAGUCUUCCAAGCUUGAGCUCGAUCGGGCGCAGCAACAAUGCUCCGAGCUUGAGGACCGGGUCGCCUUCUUGCAGUCGCAGGACGCCCGCCGCACACAGCUGCUGGAGCAGGUGGAGCAACAGGAGAAGGAGCUGCAGGAGCUGAAGGCCGCGAAGAAUGAAGUUGACGCGCAGUGCGCAGAGUUGCAGCAAGCGCAGCAAGCCACGGCUGCUUCGCUGGAGACUGCAGAACAGCGUCAGCGCGAGCUGGAGGAGCAACUGGAAGCGGCGCGGUGUGAGCGGCAAGAAGCCAAGCGCGCACUCGACACAGCCCGUGAUAAGAUUGCGCGCCUGGAGAAGGAGGCCGAGGCAGCCACAUCCGAGGGCGAGCAGCAGCGGCAGCAGCACGAGGAAGCACGCAACGCCCAGCUGCAGCAGCUGCAGUGCUUCCUUGACAUGAAAGAGGAAGAGCUUGUGGUAUUGCGGGCUGAGGUCGACAGCCUGAAAACAGCAGUGCGGCAGGCAAACGACGACGUUUCCAAGCUCAAGGGCGAGUGCGCAGAAAAGGCGGCGGCACUUACGGCUGCAGAGGAACAGCGCCAGGAGAUGGUGUCGCAACACCAGCGCCUGCAGCAACAGCAGGCUGAGGAGCACCAGCUUGCGCUCGAAUCCAAGACGCAAGAGCUCGCGAACAUGGACGACAACAUGAACAAGCUGCAGGCCCAGCUCGAUGCAAAAGAGGAGGAAAAGUUGGCCGCUGAGGCGAAGAUUGAGCAGCUGAGCAAGGACAUUGACCAACUGCAGACAAGCAGCGCCGAGAGUGCCGGGGCCCUGAACUCGGCGCGGGAAGCACUGGCCACAGCGGAGGCCCAGCUGGCUCAGAACAGUAUGGAGCGCGAGGCGCUGGAAGAGGAGCUGCGCGUGCUCAAGGAGAGUGCAGAGCGCGAUACGCAAGAGACUGCUGCAGAGCUGGCGCAGGCGACAAGCGCAGCCAAGGAAGCGACAGCGGCACUUGCUACCGCACAGGAGGAGCUGACACAGCUUCGCGAGCAACUGCAGGCACAAGCUGACGAAGCCGAGGCAAAGCAGGCGAAGUUGGCCGCCGAGUCCAAGGUGGAAAUUGAGCGCCUAGAGAAGGAGGUGGCUGACAAGAGCCAAGCUGCUCAGGCCGCAGCUGAGGCACGGGACGAGGCCAGCGCCCAAGGCGAAGCGCUGCAGCAGAAGCUGGGUGACUUGCAGGAGCAGGUGUCUGCUCUGGAGGAGAGCCGCCAGCGCUUGGAGGCGGAGCUGGUGUCUGCAAAGGAAGAUGCAGACGAGUCCCAACGCGCGGCACGCGCAGAGCACCAGCAACAGCUUUAUGAGGUCAACGCCAAGCAUGCGCAGGAAGUGGACGAGGCUGAGGCAGCAGCACAGGCAGAGCUGAACGACGUGCGCUUGCAGCACGAGACUGCCAUCUCAGCGAUGAACGAGCAAGUCGAGGCACUGGCUUCUGAAGUUACAUCCCUGAAGGAGCAGGUUGGGGAGCGUGAGCGUAGUCUGGAGGAGGCCAAGCUCGACCUGGAGACCUUGCGCACAGAUCAAGAGAGCAGCGCGUCAGCUCAGCUCCAGGAGUUGCAGAGCGUUCGCGAGCAACUCGCCGAAGUAACAGCAACGGCCGAGCAGAAAAUGCGGGAGAUGGAGGAGGCGCACAGCGAACGCAUGCAAGCCGCCCUCACCGAAGCAACACAGCAGCGAGAGAAGGCGGAGCAGACGCAUGCUGAGGCUGUGACCGCGUUGGAAUCAUCUCUGUCGGACCUCAAGAGCGAGCUGGUAGCGAAGACGGCAAGUCUCGAUGCUGCAAAGUCGUCGCUCGAAGCGCUGCAGGCCGAGCUGGACCAAGCCAAUGAGAGCAACGCCCGCUUGACGGAGGAGAUGGCAAGCCACCAGCAAACGUCUGCAGCGGCUGGGGCACAGAUCGCAGGCCUUGAGCAGCAGGUGAGCGACAUGAAGGAGCAGCUGCACACCAGACAGGCCGAUCUUGAAGCUUCCCUUGACCAAGUGAGCGGGCUGAGGAAGGAUGUUGCCUCGCACCAGCAGGAGAUUGAGCACCUGCAACAGGCCGCAGCCUCCAAGCAGGAGGAAGUGGCACAACUGACGACGCAGCUGGAGACUGCGCAGCAGGAGCGUGAUGUUGUCAAGACCGAGGUUCAGGAGAAGCAAGAGCAGCUGGGCACGGCUUUCGCCAGCCUGCAACAGGCACAGCAGGAGCUGGAGACUGCGCAGCAGGAGCGUAAUGCUGCCAAGACCGAGGUUCAGGAGAAGCAAGAGCAGCUGGACACGGCCUGCGCCAGCCUGCAACAGGCACAACAGGAGCUGGAGACUGCACGCAUGUCCUUUGAGGAACAAAACGCCAGCAUGGCCAAGCAGCACCAAGCCGCCAUCACAUCCCUGCAGAAAGAAGUUGAGCAACUCACCAACUGUGUUAAUGAAUACAAGGCGAAUCUUGACGCGGCUGAAUCGAAGACAAGUGAGCUCUCGCAGGAUCUGUCUUCCGCCAACAACGCCAAGGUCACGACCUUGCAGGAGCUUGAACAAGCUCGAAUGGCGCUCAGCGACAAGGGCGCAGAGCUCGAAGCACUGACACACCAACUGCAAAACCUGCAGGCGGCCAAGGUGCGUUCUGAAGAGGAGGUGCAGGCAGCUCAGCAGGAGCUGGAGUCUGUCCGUGCAGAGAUGCAGACACUCCAGGACAAGUGCAAUGAGAGCGUGGAGCGUGCUGGUGAACUGCAGUCACAGCUUGAUGAUACGCAAGCCCAAGUGACUGAGCUCAAGACCAGCCUUGACACGGCGCGUGCAGAAUUGCGGGCUGCCAAGGCUGAAGCAAAAGCGGCGCAGGGCAAUCUUCAGGACGGGCAGCUGGACAUGGCCAAGCGCCAGGCUGUCCUUGAAAGCGACAUUGCUGCGCUCGAGCAGCAGCGGGAGGUUCUGCGCGACGAGAACGCUGCCGUGCGGGCGGAAGUGGAGGCAGAGCGGAGCCGGCACCAGCAGGCUGCGCAGGCCCUGGAGACUGCACAAGGGCGCGUGAGUGACCUGGAGCGGCAGGUGCAGGAGCAAGAAGAAUGCAUUGCAUCGCUGCGCAAGGACAUGGAGUCCGCGUGCAAGCGGGUGCGCCAGGAGAUUGGCGACGCCGCACAACAGCAGCAAACAGCGCAGGAGCAGCGACUGCAGGAGGCGCUGGCGGCCGCAGAGGACGCAAGAAAGCAUCUUGAGGAAGCCGAGGGCGACAAGGCCGCUGCCCUCGAGGCGAAAUCCGCCGCGGAGACGGCCAGGGCGGCGAUGGAGCGUGAACUGCAGCGCGCACAGAAACGCGUUAGCAAGUUGGAGGAGCAGCUGGAGCAAGCACGUGGACGGGCAGCCAAGGCGGCCGCUGAGGUAACUGCCUCAGAGCAGACCAAGGCCAGCACGCAGCAAGUGAGCGAACUGUCGAGCAAGGUGGAGGAGUUGAAGUCUGCGCUGAGUGAGCAGCGCUCGAGCCGCCACAAGGCGGAGGACGAAUGCGAGGCACUGGAGGGCAAGCUGAAGGAGGCGGUGCACGCACGCGAGAAGAUGGAAUCUGUGGUGAUUCAGCUGACGCGCGCCAACCGCCGCUUGGAGCUUGUGCUGGAGGAGAACGGGGUGCGCCUGCCAAGCAGCCAGCGCAUGCAGGACUCUGCGCUCCUGUCCACGUCCACAGUUGCUGCAAUGACGGCAGAUGCGCUGGCGGGUGGCGACGAUGCAAAGCCGAAGGACAGCAAAACCAGCACCACGCAUGCAGCUGGGGAAGACGGUGACAUCGUUCCUCACACCCCGCGUGCUGUACGCCCAAAGCUUGCGCAGCACACCAGCAAGCAGAACACUAGCCAAGCCGCAGAUGAAAGCCAGGACGGCAACACAAGUGCGAUGGGUGCCUCUGACGGCACUGGUGCUGCGCCAUCCUCGGCAUUCCGUCGCCUGCGCUCCACGGCAAGCAGCGGCGUUCCCCCAUCCGCAAUGAAGACGCGCUCAACCCUGCGGCGCGCGAGCAACGAGGAGGAAGACGGAGACAGCGCCAACACAUCCACGCGCUCCAAGCGAGCAAAGGUGACGUUUGCCGAUGACACGAAGAACAGGGAUGGCCCAGGUGCGCCAACAUCCACGGCCUCCAAGAAGGAACCUGCAAGUUCAACGACGCAGACGGGCCCGGCGACACGGCGCCGUGCUCCCACGCUCCGUAGCAUGACGCUGCGACCAUCAUCAUCAUCAUCCUCAUCAUCGUCAACAACAGCAACGACGACGACGACGACAGCAGCAGCAACAGCGACAGGGGCAGCCACUGUUGCUGGUGGCGCACGCAAACCGCUGAGCGCACGCAACGGCGAGAAUGUCGACUCACCGUCGAAGCUGCCACGAUCCACCCGCAGUGCACGCCGGGCCGCUGUUGCUGAGAAAGCGCGUGCUGGGACUGCGGCAACGGCUGCUGCUGCCCGCCGCAAACGAACGCUGCAGAACAACGGCGAAGAGGUGCCACCAGAGUGCAACAAUCAAUGA